GUGUUCGAGAACGGGCGACUGCGACAAGGUGUUCGGCGGCAGCGGCGGCGACGAGUGCGAGAGCUACCAUCACAUCAUGUCGGCCCGAUCUUCCGACGCUCUUUAGGUGAUCGCGUCGGAUGACCUCUACCGGGCCGCACGAGGCUCGAGCACGAGCAAUGCUAGUCGUUGCCUACCCGCCAUCGCCCUCUCCCCUCUCUUUGCAUCAAUCUCAACACCCUUGACCAACAUCGUCUCGAACAGAAUGAUCCUCGCCACGCUUCUAGCUCUCGAGCUCCUCGCUCUCAUGACAGCCUCGUACGCGCAGGCAGCAAGCCUCGUGGCAGCCUGUCGUAUUGGCAACAACCACUGCAUCUUCACGCCAGCAGACUCCCUCCUCACCACGCCCGUCGUCAUCAGGGACACGGUGCACAAGCUUGUUGGCAUGGAAAAGGAUAAGAUCGAACAGGGCACCUACCUCUUCUCUCCCGGGGCAGGCGGCUCCAUCCAAGUGACCUGCAAGAAGAGCGCCAAACUGGAGACCUUCUUUUGGUUCUUCGACCAGGAGCCCAGGCUGAAGGGAGAGAGCACCUAUGCUGAGCUUGGAGCGGCCAAGGAUAACACGCGUACGGCCCAAGUGCGCCUGGGUGGGCUGGACCCGGUCUACGGAGAAACCGUCGAGAGGUCCACGGAGGUCGGGAUAGAUGUCACUGUCUCUUGUCCGCCCUAGCUGGACGAGGUUAGGCCUCUGCGACUGCGGCGGUGACGGUACGUGCUAACGGCAAGAAAGGACAUCCAGCCUAGGCGGGAUGAGAAAAAUAUUCUCCCAGCUACAGGGUCA